GAAGACUGAGAGUUCCUUGCUUACUCUAUCUCUUCCUGUCGCCGCUGCAACUUCAACUUGUUGUUUCUGUGAACACGAUAGGAUGAAUCGACGCGCGAAGCUUUCCCUCUGCAACGUGUUCUUCAGAAUCAGACACCCUUUUCGUCAAUCUCCAAUACCCACUUUCCAGAUCAUUCCCUUUACUCCAUCGACCCAAGUCGUGCCAACCUCAAAGUUCCACUCUUUUUCCAAUAUCAUGAGUACCCACUUGGCGAUUCGUCACAAUCUAAGGAGUUUCAGUGGUGGGUCUAGCGAGUUGGAUCAGACCAAGGAGGUGGACACCAUCAACCUCAAGUUUGCAGAAGCAAGGGAAGAGAUAGAGAUGGCCUUGGAGUCCAAAGACACCGUUUAUUUCGAUGAAGAAGCCGAGUGUGCCCGUGCUGCCGUCAAUGAAGUUGUGGGCUUGUUCGAGGAGUUGUUGGCAAAAUUGCCAGAGAGGGAAAGAGGAGCUUUGCAAAGGUCUAUGGGUCUCAAAAUUGAACAAUUGAAGGCUGAACUUCAACAAUUGGAUGAGUAGGAGAUUUUAUUGUUUGAUGGUUGUGAGUUAUGCUAGUCAAUUUUUCCAACUCUAGAAAAUUUUAGCUGACACAAUUAUAUUAGGGUGUUUUAUUGGCUGUAAUUU